AUGUAUCUUGCUGAAUUAGCAGUAGAUGCUCAAGAAAUAGCCAGCUUGGGAGAAUUACCAGAUACUUCCUUUUUGUAUGAUUCAGAUUUACCUCUUACACAACGAGCAGUUAUUUAUGCGUGGAGUUUACAUGGUCAUCAGCAUGAUGAUGCUUUAAUGAAGAAUAUGUUGUUUCAUUGUGAUCCCUCAUCCAAUGAAACCGUUCCAGUUUUGAAUGGCAAAAAGUCGAUGUCGGAUGAUGUUCUUGUUGAACAUCUAUGGGCAUUAACACAAGAUAUAAGCGAAGAAUAUAAGUCCGAUCCUAAUCUAGACAAAUGUCUUUGGAGUCUUUGGAAGGAUACAUCAAAGUCGCAAAAAAUACGUUCGUGUGCAGCUGCUUGUUAUUUGUCUCGUGUGAUCACUACAAAGGAUACAUUCGACCAGAUGCAAGUUCGUUUCGAGGUGAACAUUCAUGAUCUCUAUUCGUACUUUAUGAUCAACACGAGUUAUCUGUUUGAUUUGUCGAAGCGUAAGCAAUGGUUGAAGCAAACGAUUGAAUUGAUUUAUCAAUUUUUACCACAGCUCAUUGAUCAAUUUGUGUCUGAUUUGUAUACAUUUUUGUCUGUUGAUAUGGAAGUGAAAGAAUUUGUCGAACCGCGUCCAUGUUUCCUACAAAUUGUACAGUGGUUAUUUUUAAACAAACAGUCUGCAGUAUUGUGCCGAGCAAUAUGUGUAAGUGCUUUUGGUCAGGAAAAUUUUUUAACAGCACUCUAUCAAGUGAGCAAGAAAAGUUCUGCUAAACAACGUAGUAUAUGUAUUACUUUGUACGAGACUAUUCGUCAAGGUACACCUGAUCUCAUCGACAUGAUAUUUACAGCAUGUCUGGAUGAUUUUACUGAAAUUCAAUCGAAAAUCUUGUGGUACACUCGAUCAAUAGAGCAUCGAGGCAAUGUCGAAAUUUUAUUUUGGUAUUUAAAAUCUCCUUCGAUGAUUCAAAGAUAUCUAGCCGCUCAUUGGCUUGUCAAACUAGCUCUUUUGCAAACUUUAUCAUCGUUCGAAGUAUGUGAGUUGUUGGAAAGUGUUUUGAAUGAUCCUUCAUCGAAACAGAUCUUGUGUAUGCCGAAAAAGAAAUCAGACAAGUCUCUAGACGAGCACCUUCGAUCCCUCUUAUUGCAAUUGACUUGUCUAGGUCCUUUAGAGGAUAAAGAAUCAAUUCCGAUAUUAACGCCAGACGAGGUGGAAGCUGAUUAUCUUGUAACCAUUGAAGAGAUACCUAUAUUUAUGCCCUUUAGCAUUUCUCUAAAGCAAAAUGUCAACGAAAUUGGUAGUGAUACAGAAUCUCAAUGAAAGACCUCUUCUUUUUCUCUGUUUUUCUGUCACAUCGUAUGUUUUUGUGUUCUUAGAAGUGCUGCAACUAUCUUUUUUCAAUUUAUUUCUGUAUGCGUUUCUAGUAAGAAAAUAAAAUACCUCCUCCUUUUUGCUAUUCACAAAAGAUUUCUUCUAUUAUGCUGAUCUGAACACUUUCCAAAGAAAACAAUUCGAUAUGAUUGAAACUGCUGAUUCGAUAGUUUAUCUUUAAAUCAAGUCUUCUGUUGCUACACGCCUCUAUAAGGUGCCAAACCAGGUCUCUCCUUGAGAUACAUGACCAGUCAUGCCGGAAACAGUAUCUCUCUCUUUUUGAACAGUGCUGAUCAAAAACCUGGUACAAAUAUUGGUUGAGAAAACUUAUCUACCCAAAAUGUUGCGCUAAAACCUAAUUUAAUCCGUCGACCAACUCUCACGGACAAUGCCAACAAGAAUUUAUUGGUCAUCAAUAUUUUUAUUCGUCCCUCUAUUCAACGGUUCGAGAUUUGCCUUUAUGUGAACUUUAUUGAAAGUGAUUUUGUCGAAACAAUCAUUUCAAUCGUGUCAAUUUGACCUGACCCACACAAAAAAAUUUAAUCAAAAGAAACCAAAAAGGGUCAUUCAUUUCUCAUCUGUUUGCAGUCAAAAAGGAGGAGUGAACGGAGAAGAUUAUUCGCAAGAGACUAUUAGUAAAUAACUGAUAAAUCAGAUGAAAACAAACAACAAGCCUCAAGCCCAAGAGUAGUUGAAGCAAUGAAAAUUAUGAUAAAAACGAACAGUGGAAUGUAAUCCGUCUAAUCUAAGUGUCUGUAUAGGUAACAUCGCAUCCUAUGAAUACGAUGGCUUGACUAUCUUGUCCCAUUCAUUCUGUUUAUUGAUGGUGGCACUUUCCGUCUUCAGCUGUUAAAUCAAUACUCGGCUGGACUAUUUCCUUACUCAAGAACAUCAAGAGUUUCCGUCUGAAUAACUACCACAAAAAAACAAUCGAUCAAAUAUAGUUACUCGAGUGUGGCGAUGCAAUCCAUGAUAAGGUCAUGAGUGUGAAUGGUACAGAUAUCGAUAGAGUUUUAGAUUUUAGAUACAGAAUACAGUUCUAUUGUAGGCCCAAUUCAUUUUCUGCUUUUAUGGGUGUGGGUGUGGGUGUGGGUGUGGGUGUGGGUGUGGGUGUGGGUGUGGGUGUGGGUGUGGGUAUGGGUGUGGGUGUGGGUGUGUUGUUCUUUUCUUAACCCACACCCACACC